AUGGCUAAGUGGUGUAUCGUGGUGUUGGUUCUUGCUCUGGCUGUGGCUGUGGCCACAAAUGCCAGAAAGGCACCACGCGAUGCUGGUCUUAAGGAUCAUAAGAACUUCAUCACCUAUGGUGGCAAUGGUGGUUAUUCGGGAAUUGGGAGCAAUGGACUACCUUUCGGAGGAAUAGGUGGCGGUGGGCUAGGUGGUGGCACUACGGGGAUAGGUGGAAUCGUUGGUACAGGUAGGCGCGGUGGUGUUGGAGGGAGCGUUGGUGGUGGCAGCCGUGGUGUUGGUGGGACCGUUGGUGGUGGCAGCGGUGGGCUCAUCCUUGAGAUAAACCUGCAUAUGGCUUCUUCCUUUUUCUUUGGAUUAUCCUAG